CGAUAUUUGUUUUUGGUUAUUGUUAAAUUGAUUUUUAUAGUAUUUAAUUUAAGAAAUUACAUAAUGUUUUGCUAUUUUUACAACUAUAGUGGUCUCUGAUGUAAAUAGGUUGCAUAAAAAAUUCCAUUUCUCAUAAGUAGUUUUCUUUCAUAUGAGAGGAACGAUGACGAGACCGCCAAACAACGAAAACCUUCCGACAGUAAAACUGGUGGUGGUCGGUGACGGUGGCGUCGGCAAAAGCGCCAUCACCAUACAAUUUUUUCAAAAGCUAUUCGUUACCGACUACGAUCCCACGAUAGAGGACAGCUACCUCCAGCAUGUCGAAGUCGAUGGGCAAUGGUGCAUGCUUGAUGUUCUUGACACUGCCGGUCAGGAAGAAUUCAGCGCCAUGCGCGAACAAUAUAUGAGGAAAGGCGAUGGUUUCCUGCUUGUUUAUUCGGUAACUGAUAAAAAUAGCUUUGAAAACAUUAUACAUUUUCACACGCAAAUUUUAAGGGUCAAGGAUAGGGACACCUACCCUAUGUUGUUGGUAGCUAACAAAGUCGAUUUGGUGCACUUAAGAAAGGUAACAGAGGAACAAGGCAGAGAUUUGGCUCAUAAACUGGGCAUGCCAUACAUUGAGACUAGUGCCAAAGAUCCUCCAUUAAACAUUGAUGCCACGUUUCACGAGGUUGUGCGUAUAAUUAGAAACCAGCCAAACCCAGGUAACGAACGAAGGCGAAAGAAGAAGUUUAAAAAAUUGGGUAAAUGCUCAAUCCUCUGAUUUCAAAACUUUAUAUUUUUAACGCUUAAAUAUUUUAUUAUUGGCCUAAUAAUGAUAAUGGCUUUAUGAUGUUAUAUUAUUCAGUGUUUAAUGUUAUAUGUAUGGUGCCACAAUUUUCGUUCUACACCUUUAUGUAUUAUUAUUAUUAUUUGUGCGGAUUUUAUUGAUACCUACAUUUUGCUCAAAUGCGAGUUUUAUAUUUGCCGCACAAUUUAUUAAUACGAGUAUUUUUACCAAAAUAAAAUGACGCCAAAGUAUGUAUUAUUUUAUGGACCAAAUUUGCUCAUAUAGAAUUAAAGUAUUUAAAAUACUUUUUAUUUUUGCCAAAUAUCGGUCUUACAAACUACAAGUUUUGUUUUUAGCGUAACCAAGGCAGAAUAUAAUGUUACUAUAGUGUGAUGUGGCUUGUAAUACCGUUAAAGUAUAGUCAAUCCGUCGCAAAAAAAUUUUUUUGACAAAUUCCACACG